UCGCAGAUGAACGCUGCCGUGUCAUCCACUCCAACAACUUAAAGAAGAAGCGCUGCUAGGCGUGCUCAAAGUACGCCAACUGAACCUGAUUCAAUAAGAAUGCUGAUCUAAAGUCAAACUGAGGCGAAGAAUGCGAGCGGAUUCACCGACCAGUCAACGAGUUUAAGAGUUCAGUGUGUGGGAUAAAUUGUGAUGGCUACUACUGAGAUGGAAUCUGGUUCUUCAGAAAGCAGACCAGAACAUAGAUCAGGCAACUCUGAUUCAAAGUAUCCACUGAAAGUACUUUAUUGUGGAGUGUGCUCCCUGCCGUCAGAGUACUGUGAGUACAUGCCUGAGCCGGCCAAAUGUAGGCAAUGGCUUGAGAAGAACUUCCCCGAUGUGUUUGCCAGGAUGACUAUAGGCCCGGCAUCAAAUGCACCCAAGCAGGAAACCGGCACUGGAGAAGCUCCCCCUGUAGGCGAGGAGGAGGAGAAGAAGAAACAGAAGAGAGGUGGCAGAGGUCAGAUAAAACAGAAAAAGAAGACUGUUCCUCAGAAAAUUACGAUAGCAAAGAUCCCCCGAGCCAAGAAGAAAUACGUCACACGGGUGUGCGGCAUGGCAACAUUUGACAUUGAACUCAAAGAGGCUCAGCGGUUCUUUGCUCAGAAGUUCUCUUGUGGUGCCUCGGUGACAGCGGAGGAUGAAAUAAUCAUUCAGGGAGAUUUUACAGAUGACAUUAUCGACGUCAUUCAAGAGAAGUGGCCUGAGGUGGACGAUGAAAGCAUUGAUGAUCUUGGUGAAGUGAAGAAGUGAAGACCAAAUAUGCACUUUUACUGAAACAGAAGAGACCUGUAACAGCGACAACAACCUGGCCAAAUGUACACAUUAAGUCAUUUUAUACCUAUUUUAUUUACUGUUCAUAAAGAGCUGCGGACUUGGCCACUCACUUGGCAUUUUUUUUUAGUUAAUAGCUGCUUUCUCUCGUUUGCCAAAGGUGUGGUAUGACGUGAACUCCCCCCCCUCCCCCUCCCCACCCCUCAAAUGUUCUUCACUCAACUAAAAAUUGUAGGCUAAUAAAUUUCAGUCUCCUUCGCCUGUACACUCAAA